AGAGACAGGUGCAAAGUGCACAAAUAUUGAAGCAUAUUUAUGGAAAUACGGAAAAUAUGGGAAAUGCAGCCAUGCAAACGUCCAAGUGCAAUAGGAGCCGGUGGCAGGAGGAAAGGCAGGUGAGACGGUGAAACUCCAGAGAAGCGUGAUGCCAAACAGGUUUUCUCGUCAGCACAAACAACGCCACACCCUUGCAGUUCUCUCACCUCCACUGUCCAGGUGCAGGGAUCACAGAGAGAGGUGGGGGAGGUAAAGGGGAGGAAGGAGGAGGGUCAUUAUCCCCUUUGAGGGUGGAGCAAAAGGGGAGGCGAAGAAAGCGGAUGAAGCAUUUGAAGCUCAUAUUGACAUGUGGCUCUGUAGGCUCCUGUGUGCACAGCCAUGGAUGGUGUGUUGGAAGGCGCGGCUGUGUUGUGUGCAUGUAAACUGGCCUGCAGUCUUCUCUUCCUGCCCUCAUUGGCCGACUCGUACAGUGCUGUCAGUUUCUGCUGCUGCUGCCUCCUCGUCUUCACAGACUUCCUGGUCACAGCUUUUCUGAGUUGCCUUUACAUCUUUGACUCUUGGCUGACGGACUUGACUCCAUCAGGGGAUUUUAUUGCCCUGCGUUUCCUGCUCUUUCUCAGCCAAACCUAUGGAGCGGUGCUGCUCCUGACUGCACCUCUGAUCGCUGUGGAGACUGUGAUCAGACUCCUGUGGCCCUGUGUUGUCGUCCCUCUCAGGACAGCAAGGCGGACAGCAGGCUCUGAUGGACAGUGUUGUGAUGGGAAGGAGGAGGAAGAGGAAGACAGCAGCGGCUCAGAUGAAGACAUGCGGUCUCAUGUUGUCGGCUACCUCUGCUGCCUGUCAGUGUGGGUCAUUGUUGCCCUCAAUGUCAGGGGGCAAUGGAAGCUGGAGGAAGUGUGGGCUGCUGCCUGUCUCCACACAAAUAGCUCCCUUGUCAGAUGUCUGCCCAGCCUUUUCAGCCCCAUUUCUAGUGGCAUAAAUCCCUGCUGGUCCAUGGGCUUCUUUCUCCUUCUGCUCCUGCUGACCACGAGCACCACAGGCCUUCAAAGGAGACGCCAAGCCCAUUCGCUGAUGUUCAGAGUCUUCAAUAAAAGCGACUGUCACUGCCAAGAACUCAUUCCAGAGUUGUCUGCACCCUUCAAGCCUGUAAAACCAGGGAUGUUGGUGUCUGAGCCAGCACAGCAUGUUGACCCAGAGAAAACAGAGAGCAGCUGUACUGUUCAUACAGCCUGGAACAGCUGGCAGAUGUUGACAUGCAACCAUGGAGACUUUGUCCUUACCUCCCCAAUGUGUUUGUCUGGAAAGAAGGGAGGACAGGAGCAAGAAAUGGCAAGGAGAGAUGUAUCUGUGGCAUUUAUCAGAGAGGAAAACGUGGACUCGCAGUGCAGGAGCUGGUGUGGGUGGCGACAGUGGGGUUUUCCCUGCCUCGGGGUGAAUGUAAUGAUAGGGUUGGUAUGUGUGCUCUCCAUAUUUGCGCUGCCUCUCAACCUAAGCGUCAAUGUUGUUCUCAUCAGGACUAUUGAGAAUCUGCUGGAGCUGUGUAUCGAAUCUUUACUUUCAUCAAACAUAGCGGCAAACACAAGAGACACGUCUACCUCUGGUGAUGAAACACUUAUUUAACGCCAAACAAAUGAGGAGAGAAAGUGGAACCUGAUUGGUCGCCGUUUGCGACACAGUCAUCAGAUUACAGCUGGCUUGGCUGUUAACACUGACUUGAAUAGAGCACAAAUACACAUUUGCGUGCAGCUAUUCACAUGUGAGGAGUAAUAUGUGGAAACUGCUGAUAGCUGUUGAGGAGGCAGGUUGAGGCGUGCUUGGUAGAAAGACACUAAAAACCUCGACUGGAACAGAUGGCUUGAAGGCCUCUCUUUACUAUUCAGAGCUUUGAGAUCUGCCACUAUUUGUCAUUACACAGUGGGUUGCAAAACAAGCCACUCCAGUAUAAAUAAGACUAAUACAGGCGCAAACACUGUUUUGAAAGUUAUGAACAGGAUGAAUUAAUAUGAGUCUGCUGAUGCUCCAUCACAUAAUGCCUGUUUAAAGCUGCAUAUAAAUAAAUGCUGAGUGACUGCAGGGCACACCGGGAAUUCUUUUGGUUUUCUUUGUAGGUUUGUUCCAAAGGAUUCAACUGAAGCUGAAGUACGUGAACUUGAAUACUUAUUAUUCAAGUUAUUCGAAAGUUAACAAUCACAAUUGCGCACUGAAAGAGAACAAAUGAUCACUUUAUAAAAGCAUCCUGAAGUGUUAAA